AUGAAGCAUGAGGAGGACUGUGACGAUUUUCAGGAUCCUAUGUUAGCGGAGAAUCUUCCAAAAUAUUCGACCUGUAUAUGUUGUGAUAAAGAAAAGUGCGACUUCAAAAGUCUGCUGUCGGAAUCAGACACCGAUAAAGCAGAUUUUGAUUUGGAGAUCGAAACCGCUUGUGAGAUUUUGGAGAAUUUGUAUCAGGAGUCGUACAGUGAAGAAUGGCAAGAAUUCUUUGACCAAUACAACAGUACUGAUGGCAUUCAAGAAAUAUAUGUGAAAAGAGAUGAUUGGAAUACUCCCGAAGGCCCACGAAAACGCUAUCAGCGUUUUCGUGAUAAACGUUAUGUUUGUGAUGAAUGCGGUCGUUGUUUUACUUUAAAACAAAAUGUUCAAUAUCACAUCGUUACGUAUCACCUUGGUAAUCAGCAGAUCACCACCAAUCGCGGUAAACGUUAUGUUUGCCUUACUUGUCAGAAAGUGUAUCGAAGUGUUGAAGCAGCUCGACAACACAAUGCACGAGAACAUUUCCGCUUGCCCAAUAUACAAAUUCAUCGCUGUUCCACAUGCACUCGUAUUUUCCCAAACAAUACCCAAUUAAAAGAACAUAUUUCCAUACAGCAUUUACAAGAGAAGCCACAUAUAUGUGAUAAAUGUGGCUCACGUUUUGGCCGACAAGGAGGCCUUCGACGUCAUCUUAUAAUGGUACAUACGAAUCGGAGAUAUAAUUGCACCUAUCCAGGUUGCACCCAUCCUGGUUUCAAAUGUUCUAAGGCUUUAGCAGCUCACAUUCGAUCACAGCAUACUAAAGACAGGCCGUUAGUUCAUAUCAGAAUUUGCAAAACUUUUAAACUAAGCAGUAACGUGCAUGUGAUAUAG